AUGCAGGAUGAGCUGCUCCUGGGGGUGACACAGCAGCAGCAGCCAGGCAGCGAAAGGCUGGGCAGCAGCCCCGCGUCGGGACACCCCCCUCUCGGCCACCCCUCCUCUGACUUUAAACCCUGUCUCAGCCCCCAUCAGGAUUUAAACAAGCAGCAAGCGCAGCAACCACAGCCGCCGCCUCCUCAGCUGAGCCAGAAGAGGAAAGAGUUUAAGCAGCAGCUCAGCAGCCCAGCCCAGCUCGGCAGCAGCCACCCCCUGAAUAACCACCACCCCCCAGACUAUCAUCACCACCCCCCUCAGCAGCAGCGGCAGUUCAGCCACCCCACUGACAAGUACCAGCAGCAGGAGCACAGGCAACAGCAGCAGCUCCUCAGCGCUCACCCCCCGGAGCCGCCUCGGACGGGGGAUCACUCGCACCACCGGCCCGUCGGCCCCGCCGAGCACCAGGGCGGCGCGGACAAGGGGGGUUUGGAGCGGCUCGCCCCUUCGUGCCCGGGGGGAUCGGCGUCCGCGGACCCCAAUGUGGGGGUGGUCGCCGCCUCCUGCGUGAAUCCGCCUUCGUCUCCUCAUCUGCAGGCGAGAGCCAAGCUGCCCCCCAUGGAGUCCCCCCCGAACAGCCACUUACUGGGCAGCCCCGGGAACCUCUUGCCCGGCGGGCUCGGCUCUGGGUUCAGCAGCCUGCAGAGCCCGGAGAUCCCCAGCCCCCAUCACCAGAGCGGGGGCGGCUCCUCCUCGGCGGCUUCCCCUCCUCCUCCGCCGCUGCCCGGCUUCGGCACCCCCUGGUCGGUGCAGACCUCGUCGCCGCCUCCGCAGCAGACGCAGCAGCCUCCGGUCUCCAGCGGCGGCGGCGGGCAGAUCAGCGCGAUGCCACCCCCGAGCCCGGAGUCCGAGACCAGCUUCUACCCGGGGAUCCCGUCAUCGAUCAACCCCGCUUUCUUCCAGAGCUUCUCGCCGGUGUCUCCUCACAACCCAUGCGCCGGGCCCUUCAGCAGCCCCUUCUCUGCCGCCGCCCCCCCGCCGCCGCCGCAGAUGAAUUUACCUCAGCAGCAGCAGCAACAGCAACAGCAGAACCGGAGAUCCCCUGUGAGCCCCCAGCUCCAGCAUCAACACCAGGCGGCGGCCGCCGCCGCCGCCUUCCUGCAGCAGAGAAACUCCUACAACCACCACCAGCCUCUUCUGAAGCAGUCACCCUGGAGCAAUCAGAGCAGCGGCUGGAGCACAGGAAAUAUAUCCUGGGGAGGAAUGCAUGGCAGAGACCAUCGUAGAACUGGAACCAUGGGAAUUCCAGGAACUAUGAACCAGAUCUCUCCUUUGAAGAAGCCCUUUUCUGGUAAUGUCAUAGCUCCUCCUAAAUUUACUCGCUCCACUCCAUCACUGACACCAAAAUCGUGGAUUGAAGAUAAUGUUUUCCGAACUGACACCAACAGUAAUACUCUCCUUCCUUUGCAGGAUCGAAAUAGAAUGUAUGACAGUCUGAAUAUGCACUCUUUGGAAAACUCCCUUAUUGACAUUAUGAGAGCAGAGCAUGAUCCACUUAAAGGUCGCUUGAGUUAUCCACAUCCGGGGACUGACAAUCUUCUGAUGUUAAAUGCGAGGAGUUAUGGGCGAAGACGAGGCCGUUCUUCCCUCUUCCCAAUAGAUGAUGGCUUGCUGGACGAUGGUCACAGUGAUCAAGUUGGAGUCUUGAAUUCCCCUACCUGCUAUUCAGCUCAUCAGAACGGAGAACGGAUUGAGCGUUUUUCUCGGAAAGUGUUCGUUGGAGGUCUUCCACCAGAUAUUGAUGAAGAUGAAAUUACUGCCAGUUUCAGACGAUUUGGGCCCUUGGUGGUAGACUGGCCCCACAAAGCAGAGAGCAAGUCCUAUUUUCCACCAAAAGGUUACGCAUUCCUCCUGUUUCAAGAAGAGAGUUCUGUUCAGGCCCUGAUUGAUGCCUGCAUUGAAGAAGAUGGAAAGCUCUAUCUGUGUGUUUCCAGCCCCACUAUCAAGGACAAGCCAGUUCAGAUCCGUCCCUGGAAUCUAAGUGAUAGUGACUUUGUGAUGGAUGGUUCACAGCCACUUGAUCCUCGGAAAACAAUUUUUGUUGGAGGAGUCCCUAGACCAUUAAGAGCUGUGGAAUUGGCUAUGAUCAUGGACCGUCUCUAUGGAGGAGUUUGUUACGCAGGAAUUGACACUGACCCUGAGCUGAAAUACCCAAAAGGUGCUGGACGUGUUGCUUUUUCCAAUCAGCAGAGUUACAUUGCUGCCAUCAGUGCUCGGUUUGUUCAACUUCAGCAUGGCGAUAUUGAUAAACGAGUGGAGGUAAAGCCAUACGUGUUGGAUGACCAGAUGUGUGACGAGUGCCAGGGUGCGCGGUGCGGUGGGAAGUUUGCUCCUUUCUUUUGUGCCAAUGUCACUUGCCUGCAGUAUUACUGUGAGUUUUGUUGGGCAAAUAUCCACUCUCGUGCAGGACGUGAAUUCCAUAAGCCAUUGGUAAAGGAGGGGGCUGACCGCCCACGUCAGAUCCACUUCCGCUGGAAUUAAACAUGGUGAACCAGCAUCUGCAUAAGGAGAGAAGGGUGCAUGUGGCUUACUGUG